AUCUGUGCACUUCGUUAACAAGCUAUACUCGUGAAAUAUGUUUUGUUGGAGGGUGGAGCUGUUGUUUGUUCAUCACAUCAUCUGCUCUAUGAUUUUUGCUAGUUCAUCCCGGGGUCAAUGUCCACACGUGAUAGGAAGAAGGAAUCCGUGCCGUCUGGAUUUGGUUCUAGUAUUAAACUGAUAGCUGGAGCUUCCCUAGAAAAUAACUGAGAGGACAUAAUCAAGGAGAAAGUAAAGAUUAUAAAUAUAAAUGAUUCCUUUUGCUUAUUGAGAAUAUUUUACAAAGCAUUGUUGCAUAAAGACAGAGACAGCUGCUUAAAAUAUGAGAGUAGGCAGAGAAGACAAAAGGGUAUCUCGCAGACAGAGCUACAGACAAGCCUCCUAAAUAUUGUCCAAUUCUAUAUCCUUCCAAACUCAAGAGGUAAAUUCCUAAAAUACACUUUUGCUUGAGCUGCCAAAUAAUCUUUCUAGUUGGUGCCUUGCUAUCUAAGCUUUGUAGCAAUGGGAGUUCCUCUUGUCUCCUUGUUUUACAACUUUUUCCUCUUUCUCAUCCUUUCAUCCUCGAACAUAACUGCUCAAACAUCUAGCCCAGACACUGACUUUUCGUGCUCGUUAAACUCCUCCUUUUCUUGUGAUGCUUAUGUCUCAUAUCGUGCCCGUCCGCCAUAUUAUUUUGAUGUUGGAAGUAUCUCUGAUCUUCUUGAAGUCAGUCGUUUAAGUAUAGCUAAGGCCACAGGUCUAGCCUCAGAGGAUACCGAGCUAUUCCCUGACCAGCUUUUACUCGUACCUGUUAAGUGCUACUGCAAUGGUUCUCAUUAUUUCUCCAAUGUUACCUAUCAGAUCAAGAAAGGUGAUAGCUUUUAUUCGGUUUCAAUAGGAGCUUUUGAGAACCUUACUAACUAUCAUGUGGUGCAAGAUAUGAAUCCAACACUAGAUCCAACCAACUUGACAGUUGGUGCAGAAGCUGUUUUUCCUUUGUUCUGUAAAUGCCCCGCACAUUCUGAUCUUGGAAAGGGACUUCAGUACCUCGUCACUUAUGUUUGGCAGCCUUGGGAUGAUAUAUUGCCUGUAAGCAAUAUGUUUGGAGCAUCUGCAGCUGACAUUCUGGCUAUCAACAAUUACAGAAAUUUCACUGCUGCAAUAUGUCUUCCUGUCUUGAUACCGGUAAACCUUCCUAUUAUUUUGCAAUCUUACCCCUCUUCUGCAAGCAGUAGAAAAUCUAAACUUGGAUGGAUCCUCAUUACUGUUUUAAGUAUUAUGGGGUUGCUUGCAGUUUUUUCAUUUUGCUUGAUGGUGUACAUGCGUCUUCUAGACGAGAAGAGGAGGGCUAAUUUAACCCGUAACUCAUUUACUCAUGAAACUUCUGAUCUUUUUCAUAUGAAGAAAGCCUCCGAGGGUGAAAUUAUGGACCAUAAGAACAUUCAAGAUAAGCUUCUUCCUGGAGUUUCUGGCUAUAUUGGAAAGCCCAUAUUAUAUGACCUGAAGGUCAUCAUGGAGGCAACUCUCGACCUCAGUGAGAGGAGCAGAAUAGGAGGAUCGGUGUAUAAGGCUACAAUUAAUGACCAAGUUGUAGCAGUCAAGAAAAGAAAACAAGCCUCGGAGGAAUUGACGAUACUUCAAAAACUACAUCACGCAAAUCUGGUGAAAUUAAUGGGUGUUUCAUCAGAUGAUCAUGGGAAUUCCUUUUUGGUUUAUGAAUAUGCUGAAAAUGGCUCACUGGAUCAGUGGUUGUUUCCCAGAUCAUCAUCUGCCUCUGGCUCAGUGGUAUCGCUCGGUUGGAGCCAAAGGUUACAGAUAGCCUUGGAUGUUGCAAAUGCUUUGCAAUACCUGCAUGAACAUACCCAACCUAGUAUAGUUCACGGGGACAUCCGAACAUGUAGCAUACUUCUUGAUUCAAGGUUUAAAGCCAAAGUUGCAAGUUUCUCUACAGCCACACAUUCUACCAACUCAAUGAUGCUGAAAGUCGACGUGUUUGGUUUCGGGCUUGUUCUGCUGGAGUUGCUUUCAGGGAAGAAAGCAAUGGAAUCAAAAGAUAAUGGCGAGACACUGAUCAUGGGCAAAGAAAUAAAGGAAAUCUUGGAAGCUGAAGAUAACCGAGAGGAGAAGUUUAGAGGAUGGAUGGAUCUAAAGUUGAGCUUUUACCCUGUGGAUGAUGCUCUAAACUUGGCUGCCUUGGCAACGGCGUGCACAUCAGAGCAAUCAGCAGAGAGGCCUAGGAUGACAGAUAUUGUCUUCAACCUAUGUUUUCUUACUCAAUCAUCUUUUGAAAUGUAUGGAAGAUCUUGGACUUCAGGUGAAGCUGAGGAGAUUGUUCAGAUUGUUAGUCCAGUAAUAGCACGUUGACUCACGGAUGGAAUGUAAAUAUAGCUAAGAACUUUGUCAGUUCGUCUCAAAUUUGCAACACAUUCUGGAUUAUAAAAGCAAGAGGAACAGCUGAUCUCCAGAAUUUAUUGCAAAUUCGACUUCUCGUGUCCAGUUAUUCUCUGUAUUUCUCUUGUAGCUAAAUCAGUUGCUAUUGUAAAUUCUUGUGUAGGAUGUUUUACUCAACCACUCAACUUUGAAAUAAGUGGAGAGCAAUUUGACCCGUAUUUCUACAUUUCACACAUUGCAAACUCGAUGUUAUUUAUAUCUGAGAUCUAAAUGAUACAGAUGAGUACAGGUUUAUUUUAAUUUGUAGUAAGCAAGUUCUUUAA